UCUCCUGUCGUCACACACUUCUCCUUUAGAUGGAGGACGGAUCAGUCCUCACAGAAUUUCGAUAGGCUACACAAAGUUAACUAACCUGUGGAUUCGGCUGGAACAUGAUGAGUUUCGUGGAAUUAUUGACGGUCUGUGCCAUUCUACCGAUAUGUUUGGCUGGACAAGGUGCCCCAGAACGCCACUCACUGUACUAUGUGUACACAGCCCUGUCAAAGGCUGUCAACGCACCAGGCAUCUUUGAAUUUACUGCCAUGGGCCUACUGGACGACAGAAAGAUUGAUUACUAUAACAGCAAAAAGCAAGUCAAGAUUCCUCAACAGGACUGGAUGAAAAAAAAGCUUCCAGCGGACUACUGGGAAAAGGGCACCCAGUCACGUAAAAGCAAAGAGCAAUGGUUCAAAGUCAAUGUGAACAUUCUGAUGGAACGCAUGAAACAGAAUGGAUCUGAUGUUCAUGUCCUUAUGUGGAAACAUGGAUGUGAGGUUGACACAAUGGCAGACGGUUCUUUCAAGUUCUAUCGCGGUGUGGAUGCAUACAGCUAUGAUGGAAAGGAUUUCCUUUCCUUUGAUGAUGCAUCAAUGCAGUGGGUUGCCCCAACUCCUCAAGCUGUACCCACAAAACAGAAGUGGGAUGGGGUUCCCAUCCUCAAUCAGUACACCAAGGGCUACCUGGAGAAGGAGUGCGUGGACUGGCUGGGCAAGUUCAGAAAAUAUGGGGAUGAAGAAUUAAGAAAACAAACACAAGAUUCUCCACCAGACGUUCGUCUUUUUGCUAAAGGAACCACAUCUCCAGAUACAUUCGAGUUGACCUGCAUGGCCACAGGUUUCCUCCCCAAAGAAAUUGACAUCACCGUUCUGAAGGGAAAGAAUGUUAUAAAGAAAGGAGAAAGUGUGGAUGUCUUGCCCAAUGGCGAUGGCACCCAUCAGACCAGAGUGAGCGUGCACGCCAAAAAGUCAGAGAUUAAUGAUUAUGGAUGUGUGGUGAACCACAGAACCCUGACGAAAGGACCAAUUAUAAGAAAUUGGGAGUUGGAUGGAGAAUUAUGCCCUGACGGUACCACCACAUUCAAACAUGGAACAAUAGUGGGAGUGGUGAUAGUACUGGUGAUGGUGAUACCACUUGCGAUUGGCGUGUUCAUUGCUUGUAGAAAUGGCGUUAUUGUGUUUGAAAAGGGUCGUCUCAAAUACAAUGGUUUCGGUACUCGACCUCCACCUCCACCUCAACAUCCACCUCCACCUCAACCUGCAGUGAACAAGCCUUUGCUGGCCACAGCACCAGUAGCGAUUCAGGUGGACCGCCAGCCUGCAGAGGAUGGUGAUGAACAACAGAAAUUACUUGCACAGAAGGAGCUGAGUGAUUCUGAUUCUGGUAAUUCAUCUGAAGGAUCACCCAGAAGCAGUGCUGAAAACAUUUCUGCAGAUGUACAUGCCACAGCACCCGCAGUGAUUCAGAUGGAACCCAAGCCUGCACAGCCGAGUGAUUCUGAUUCUGGUCAAGGAACUAGUUCAUCUGAUGGAUCAUCCAAGAACAGCACUGAAGACCUUAAUCAAAACGUGAAGGAAGGUGGUAAUGCUGAUUCUGGUAAAGGAAGUCCUGAAGGAUCAACCAACAGUGCUGAAAAAUGAAACAUUAACAUGAACGGAUGAAGAUCAAGAAUGCUCAAGCUAUUGUCCACAAUGUUCUUGAGUGAUCGCAGGUUAUACAGAAUAAGCUUGAUUUUGACAUACUGUUACUGUUGGUGCAGGUAUUCGCUAGCAUGGAUAUUGGAUUAACAAUGUAUUUGUGAAAAUUAUAUUUGCGUGUGAAAAUUAUAACGCUAGCCUAUCAAAAAGGAAGUCAACACUCAAAUUAACAUAAAUAGCAAGAAUGAGCCCAGUUGGGGAGUCCCAGUCAGUUUUUGUACACACCGCAGAAUACAUAAUUAGGUGCUCUUUACGCUUCCCCUCCCAUCUCUUUACGCUAAACUCCCGCUUUCUCCUUGACCCUCCCAUGGAUGCAUAAUAUGCAUGACACGGAAAAGUGCAAUUUGCCAUGUUCAGCUCCCAGCAGUCGCGCUUUUUACCUCAGUGCUGCCUGUUUGUACAUACCUCGCCAUGAUUUCACACGCUCGUUGCGAAACAAAUGCGCCUGAAGUGGGCGUUAGUACAUCUGGCCCUCAGUCUCUUAAUGAAAAUUAACCUACAGCAUAGAUCAAUCAUUUAGUCACAAGAUAAACAACCACCUCGUAAUUUUUGGUUAGGCGCUCCAGACACCAACUGGAACUACCAAGGAACGACAAGUGCGACUGCCCAGAGGCAAUAGUUCAAACCACCAAACUUUUUGUGAUUGAGACGUCUACUUUUUCUAGAAACACCAAAUCCAAUAAUGACGGAGCGAACUACAAAGGUUGCGACGGAGGUUAGCCAACUACACUUUCUAGAAACGCACCCCUGAACAUGUUCACAGUUCACAGUAAUGAGAUGACAGAAAUAUACAUCUCUUCUUUAUGUGUACCAAAAGAAGAAGAUGGACAUAUGCCAAGUCUGAUAGCAGUUGGCAUGUUUAAAAGCAACAGAUAUUGACAUAAGAUUGGGGAGUAAAACAGAUGUAGACAUCACGCAGCAUUGUUCAUUACUGGUCCUUUUUUUAUCUUUGUGUGUUAACCGUAAGAGAAAGUUGCUCAUUUUAUGUUUGGAUAAAGUUCAACUUUACGGAUCAUCAUAUAAUUCUGUAAUGGAGAGCUUGUUUUGUUACACAAGCUUUCUCGAAAUCUGAAAAUGUCAAAUGAAACUUUGGAUGCAGUAUCGUAUAUGAAAUUGAAGUUUCUUGUUACGCAACAGUGUCAGAAAGUUAAUGACAAUACAUAAAGAGUAUUUUUUUUACUCGAGCUCUGCCUUUGUUCUGUCUGCUCAGGAACUGGUCUUAUUUGGGUCCUACUUUCUAUGACAUAGGGAUAAGGUCAGCAGUGACCAGACUGCUAUUGUUUGUAUUGUGUAACUGUGGCUGAUUAAAACUAAUAUGUGAACAAGAA